GACUACAUGGUCUUUUGAGGAAAGAGCUCUUUAUCUGAAGAGAAAGUGAUUCACUGGUCUCUUGAUGAGAGAGGUAUUGCAUCUGGUGACAACGGAAAUCAGUUCAUCCUAUGGAAAAUAAUCAAUAUCUAAGUUCUGCAUUCCCUUAUAAUUUCAAAAAUUAUAUUUCCAAAUUUGUUUCAUGUUAGAGAGGUAACUGUCGCAGGUAUGAUGCUCAAACUUUCUUUGUCUCUAUCUGUGAGCUUUAAGCGGUAUUUUAUUCUUCUUGAACUUAUUUUAGGGAAAUGGGUGGGUACAAGUUAAUUGUGAUGUUAUGUGAGUUAGAAGAUUCUUUUUAUAAGAACAAUCAACAUACAUAGACCAAAAAGUAUGUCCGAAGAAUGGUGGCGAGACGGCCGGUGGAGCUGGCAGAGGCAAAGCUUUCGAAAGACGGGUGGCCGGAAUACUACGACGGGAAGCGGGGGAGGUUCGUGGGGAAGCAGGCGCGCAAGCACCUGACAUGGUCCAUUGCUGGGUACCUGGUAGCAAAGAUGAUGCUGGAAGACCCCACACAUUUGGGGAUGGUGGCCAUGGAAGAAGAAAAGCGGUCCAAACCAGAUGAAACCUCAACCAUGAAGGUUCUUUCGACACCCUCAAGAUAUGGGUAAUAUUUUUCUCUUUCUCAGUUUUUCUCAUUGCUUUCUUGAAUCAAUUGGUCUUUUUAGAAGCUUUUAAUAUAUUAUUUAAAUGCUUUAUUUGAAGUUUGAAUGAAACUAUUAAGACAUUAAUAGUUCUAUAAUAUACUUGGAUGUCAAUU